UGCAGAGGCUUCAUAUAUCUCGGAGGCAGAUCCUACAUGCUGGAACCGUGUGCUAACUGCUCUGAUGGGAUUCACUGGAUCUACUCAGCGGAACACCUAAGCUUUGUUCCUGGCACCUGUGGUCAUGGUUUUAACAUUUCCCACCAUGUUCUGCAUACAGACAGCAGUCCAUUCAAGGCAUUCAGCACAAGACAUAAACGGCACCUCCAGACGACGACCAAAUACGUGGAGCUCAUCAUUGUAGCUGACAACAGAGAGUUUCAGAAACAAGGCAAAGACAUCGACAAGGUCAAACAGAGGCUGGCUGAGAUCGCCAAUUACGUGGACAAGUUCUACAGAGCUUUGAAUAUCCGAGUUGCACUGGUUGGACUGGAGGUAUGGAGUGACGUGGACAAGUGUCCCAUUACGCAGGACCCCUUCACCACUCUGCACGAGUUUCUGGACUGGAGGAAGGUCAAACUGCUGCCUCAGAAGCCUCAUGACAACGCCCAGCUGAUCAGUGGGGUGUAUUUCCAGGGCACUACUAUCGGCAUGGCGCCCAUCAUGAGCAUGUGCACGGCAGAGCAGUCGGGAGGAAUUGUCAUGGAUCAUUCGGACAAUCCUCUGGGUGCUGCGGUCACUCUGGCCCAUGAACUUGGACACAACUUUGGAAUGAAUCACGACACACCAGAGAGGGGAUGCGGAUGCAGAGUGACAGUGGAUCGUGGCGGAUGCAUUAUGACUCCUUCCACUGGGUAUCCCUUCCCAACCGUGUUCAGCAGCUGCAGCAAGAAGGACCUGAUGGCAAGUUUUGAGAAGGGAGUGGGGAUGUGCCUGUUCAACAUGCCGGAGCUCAAAGUGCUCUACGGCGGGCAGAAAUGCGGCAACGGCUACGUGGAGGAGGGAGAGGAGUGCGACUGCGGGGAGGUGGAGGUGAGGGUCAAUAAACGGAGUUUGCAUCUCCACCGUUUCUCUCGUGAAUCGCUUUUAAUUGCUUAGCACGCUUUCAAAAAGAAGCAUCAGGGGGCGGUUAAAACCGUGACGGAAGGUGGCGAAAGCCAAAUCUCUUUUAGCAAUGCAAACACAUUCUCUGGAAGAUGAGGCUAAAACUAUGAGUAGGAAUUUAUACAGUCUGUGCAACAACAACGACUGAGGGAAACUACAGCCAACAGCUUCACCCUGUAAACUAAUGAAU